AUGCACCCCGCCGCGCCCUCCCCCGACCUCGAGACCGACCUGCGCGAGCAAGCGCUGGCCAAGCAGCGCCAGGACCCGCGCCGUCUAUGGGCCCUCUUCUGGUCCAUCGCGAGGCCGUACUGGCGCUACGCCCCCGGCGCGCGCGCGAGCAUCGCCUGGGUCGUCUUUCUGGGCCUCGUGCGCAGCGGCCUGUCUGUCAUCUUCUCGUACAUCUCGCGCGACUUCUGGACCGCCCUGCAGAAGAAGGACGUCGCCAUGUUCUGGCGACAGAUUACCAUGUUCUCUGUCGUGCUGCUGUGCGCGCUGCCAAUCUUGGUGUGGUAUGGAUAUGCGAAGGAUCGACUGGCCCUCACGUGGCGCAAGUGGCACACGGAGAAGAUCUUGGGCGACUAUUUUGCGAAGAGGACGUACUAUGAGAUUGAUCAGAGGGGCACCGUAGAUAACCCGGAUCAGAGGAUUGCAGAGGAUGUCAAGGCCUUUACGAGCACCUCGCUCAUGUUCUUCAUGUCUGUCCUCAUGUCGUGCAUAGACUUGGUCAACUUUUCCAUCAUCCUGUUCCGCAUUUAUCCCAAGCUUUUUAUUGUCCUUGGGUUCUACUCCACCUUCGGAACAGUUGUGGCUACCCUAAUCGGCCGCCGCAUGAUAAAUCUUAACUUCCUCCAGCUCAGGAAGGAGGCCGACUUUCGCUACUCGCUCAUCCGAAUUCGCGAGAAUGCGGAGAGCAUCGCGUUUUAUAGUGGCGAGGGUAGGGAAAAGGUCGAGACGGAGCGCCGCUUCGAUUCUGCCGUCCUCAACCAACUUGACCUCAUCGUUUGGACAAGAAAUCUCGCCUUCUUCACCACGAGUUAUGCUUACCUCAUCCAGAUUCUUCCGCUCAGCAUCAUUGCCCCCCUCUAUUUCACCGGUGCGAUCGAACUUGGUGUUGUAUCGCAAUCACAACAAGCUUUCCAUCAUGUACUGGAAGACCUUUCUUUGAUCGUCAAUGAGUUUGACAGGUUAAGUCAGUUUUCGGCAGGCAUCGAUCGCCUUGGCGAACUCGAAGAGUUUAUCUAUGCACGAUUUGCCGAGGGUGAAGAUCGCCGCUCCAAGAACGCCAAGGACCCCGACAGUUUUGACAAAGGGGGAGUGCCCGGUUUAGAUGAUUCUGACGAUGGCUCUGGCGGCAUGGACGACAGUCCCGGUGUUGACGUGCACGAUGCUGGGUUUGCGAAGAUGUACGGUAGAGCUGAUGGCAUUGCAAGGUACAGGAAACUGCGGGAGAAAGCCACGUCAGCGGAUGACGAAUUCGCCCAUGAUUUGUUGCUUGCCGAAGGUGGAGCCGGAGACGUCCAUAUCUCUACAAAAAUCACGCCAAAUGGUGAGUCGAAAGUAGUUGUGAAGAAUUUGACAUUGAUGACACCAGACAAACACCAUCGAGUUUUGUUUGAAGAUCUUUCCUUCACGCUGGAGCCUGGACAGAGGCUAUUGAUUGUGGGCCCAUCUGGCACUGGGAAGAGCAGUGCACUGCGCGCCCUUGCCGGGCUUUGGAAUCGCGGUCGGGGUUCUGUCAUGAGACCUCCACUCUCGUCCAUGUUUUUCCUCCCACAGCGACCGUACUGCACCCUCGGAUCUUUGCGUGAACAGCUCGUUUACCCUACUCCCUUGCAUGAGUCGAGCGCCACUGAAGAAGAGCUUAUCGCGGCGCUGGAGCUGGUCAAUCUAGAAAAGCUUCCGGGUAGAAUGGGAGGAUUCGAUGAGUUCAGAGACUGGUCUACAGUUCUGUCGUUAGGUGAACAGCAGCGACUUGCUUUUGCUCGUCUUACUAUCGGAAGACCACAGCUUGCCAUCUUAGACGAAUGCUCAAGCGCGCUGGACGUGGCUUCAGAGGAAAGGUUGUAUUCGCACCUGCGCGAAAGCGGAAUUGGUUACAUUUCUGUAGGUCACCGACCGUCCUUAUUCCAGUACCACGAUAUCGUUCUUCGAUUAGGGGCCCCGGGGGCAGCACACGACAUAGAGCCUAUUGGUCCUGGGUCGUCAUAAAAGCUAGAUGGAUCGUAGUACAACUG